ACCCAACCCUCUCGCGCUGCGUUUUUCUCCGGCUGAGGAAGUGAGUCCGCUCCCAGGGCAGGGCUGUGGAGACGGGUCGGGCGGCUGUGCUGUCACUUGCAACUGUAACAACAAAGGUAAACACAGUAAAGUAGAGGUGAAGAAGAAAGAGGCGCAGAGGAACGGCAGCAAGAACAGUAGCAGCGCAAGUCGAGAAGGAAAGCUGCAGACAUGAAUGACCAGCAACUAGACUGUGCCUUGGACCUGAUGAGGCGCCUGCCUCCCCAACAGAUCGAGAAGAACCUAAGCGACCUCAUUGACCUGGUGCCCAGCCUCUGUGAGGACCUUCUGUCUUCUGUGGACCAGCCCCUAAAGAUUGCACGUGAUAAGAUUGUGGGCAAGGAUUACCUUCUGUGUGACUAUAACCGUGAUGGGGACUCCUACAGGUCACCCUGGAGUAAUAAAUAUGAGCCCCCGCUUGAUGACGGUGCCAUGCCUUCUGCCCGUCUGCGUAAGCUGGAGGUGGAGGCCAACAACGCCUUCGACCAAUACAGGGACCUCUACUUUGAAGGUGGCGUGUCAUCGGUGUACCUGUGGGACUUGGACCAUGGCUUUGCAGGAGUGAUCCUCAUCAAGAAGGCUGGCGAUGGCUCCAAAAAGAUCAAGGGCUGCUGGGAUUCCAUCCACGUAGUGGAGGUUCAGGAGAAGUCCAGUGGCCGCACGGCUCACUACAAGCUGACCUCCACCGUCAUGCUCUGGCUGCAGACCACCAAGACGGGCUCAGGCACUAUGAACCUGGGUGGCAGCCUGACCCGACAGAUGGAGAAAGACGAGACGGUAGGAGAGUCCUCCCCUCACAUUGCCAACAUCGGUCGCCUGGUCGAGGAUAUGGAGAAUAAAAUUCGCUCCACCUUGAAUGAGAUCUACUUUGGGAAGACCAAGGACAUUGUCAAUGGACUGAGGAGCGUGCAGUCACUGGCCGACAGGACAAAGCAGGAGGCUCUGAAAAACGACCUGAUGGAGGCACUCAAACGCAAACAGCAGAGCUAGAGAGACACUCCACUGCCCCACUCUCCGUCACCGUCUUCCACACUUGCGUGGCACCCAUCGCUCAGCUGGGUCCCCCGUUUCCUCCGACCAGCCCACCUUCCACACUGGCCACAAUUAGAGGAACAGACUUCUGUAACUUUAGUUUUAUUGAAAAUACCUAUGAAGCCAUUCACUCUGCGUUUCCUUAGUGUUGUAAAUGGUUGGUUGCUGUAAUAAUUACGCACAGUGUGAUGCUGGCAACUCCUGAAGGUGUCUUGCAGUGUCCCCGGGGCAGUUGCACCUCAACACAGAUGACAUUUAGGGGAAGGGUUAGGGAUUAGGGCAAAUGCAUAUUAGUCACUAUUUUAAGCAACUAUUUAUUCUCUAUUCUUCUACUGAAUAUAAAUAUACAUAUAACUAUAUUGGUAUCAUUUCUGCCCCGUUAUCUUGUAAAGUAUAAAGAAGUGUUAAGCAUCUUGCUGUAGAGGUUCACGAGUCCCAUACUUAUUUUAUUAUUGCUAUGAUUAUUACUGUAUCUUUUUUGCCAGUGAUUUGUGCCGUUUCUUGCUUUCACUGCAUGUGGGUCAGUUCUCGAGACACAGGAAAAUAAGGAAUUGACACACACUGCAAAUGUCUCUUAUCUCUCUUGCCUUUUGUUUAUUGGAUUUCUGCUUUUCUGUAGUUUAGGACAACCUUUUUGAUCAUUUCUACUUGGGUUAUGUUUUCUGUUGUGGUUUAUUUUUGUAGAGCUUAUUCAUGUUAUUAGAGCCUCCAGCUCCAAUAAAAUCCAGACUGUUAUUGGCA